AUGAAGCUCGAGGGCAAAACAGUGGUGAUCACAGGAGGCAACAGAGGCAUCGGGCUGCAGCUCGUACGCCAGCUUCUGAGCAGGGGCAACACCGUGUUUGCCACGGCCCGGCAGCCCAGCAAGGCAGAUGAGCUUCAAAAGCUGGUUGAUGGCAGCUCCGGUCAACUGACCGUGCUGCAGCUUGAUGUCGCCUCGCCAGAGUCAGUCGAGAAGUGGGCUGCCGCCCUCAAGGCCAGGACACCACACGUUGACCUGCUCGUCAACAAUUCCGGCGUCCGCGACGAGUGGAGCGGGCUGGAGGAGGUCACAGCAGCGGAUAUGCUGCACUGCUUCCAAACCAAUGCCAUUGGUCCGCUGUUGGUCACGCAGCAGCUGCACAAGCAGCGGCUGCUGGGCAGCGGCAGCGGGGGCGGCAGCCUGAUGGGCAGCAUCGACGACAAUGGCAGUGGCAGCGACUAUGCAUACCGUGCCAGCAAAGCAGCGCUGAACAUAGUGAACAAGUCGCUGUCGAUCGACCUGGCGGGCGAGGGCAUCACCUGCGUGCUGCUGCACCCGGGGUACGUGGUCACAGAUAUGACGGGCGGGCGGGGAUUGAUCGACACAAAGACCUGCGUGGCAGGUCUGCUAAAGGUUCUGGAGAAGGAAGAGGAAGCAAUUAACGGCAGGUGGUUCGAUUACAAGGGGCAAGAGGUGCCGUGGUGA